AUGGCUGCCCCAAAACAGCCCCAGAAGUCCACCUACGAUAUCAUUGUCAUUGGGGCUGGCAUCCAGGGCUCUUUCACUGCCUACCACCUGGCCCAGCGCCACAAGGACACUCUGCUGCUGGAGCAGUUCCUCCUGCCCCACUCCCGGGGCAGUUCGCACGGGCAGAGCCGCAUCAUCCGCAGCGCCUACCCCCAGGAGUACUACUCGUGCAUGAUGCCCGAGAGCUUCCGCCUCUGGCAGCAGCUGGAAGCCGAGACCGGCACCACUCUUUACAGGCAGACGGGACUGGUGUUGCUGGGGCCGCCGGGAGAGCCGGAGCUGGAGGCCUGCAGGAGGAGCCUGGGUGUUGACGAAGUCCUCGACGCCGCAGCGCUGGCCCAGCGCUUCCCUGGCUUCCAGCUGCAAGCUGGCCAGGUGGCAGUGUUGGACAGCACUGCUGGGGUGCUCUUCGCUGACCGGGCACUGCGGGCAGUGCAGGAGGUUUUUCGUCGACAUGGGGGCACCCUGCGUGACGGGGAGAAAGUGCUGCGCAUUGAACCUGGGCCCACGGUCACUGUCACCACCACUGCUGGGGUGUACAAAGCCCCCCGGCUCAUCAUCACGGCCGGAGCCUGGACAGGUGCCUUUGUGGAACAACUGGGUCUCCGCCUGCCGCUGCAGCCCCUGCGCAUCAAUGUCUGCUACUGGAGGGAGAAACAACCUGGGAGUGCUGGCUUGGGCAGUGUCAGUCCCUGCUUCUUGACCCUGGGGCUGAGCCAAGCCCCCCACGGCAUUUACGGGCUGCCCUCCAUUGAGUACCCAGGUCUGAUGAAGGUGUGCCACCACCACGGCAGCCCCACUGAACCAGAGAAGCGGGAUCAGGCCCCCUCGAGCACCCCCCACCCUGACAUUGCCAUCCUAAGCAGCUUCAUCAGCAGCUAUCUGCCCGGGCUGGAGAUCCAGCCAGCAGUGAUGGAGACCUGCCUCUACACGAAUACUCCAGAUGAAGAUUUCAUCAUGGACCAGCAUCCCAAGUUCAGAAACAUUGUCAUUGGCACCGGCUUCUCAGGCCAUGGGUUCAAGAUGGCACCAGUGGUGGGGAAGUUGCUGUGUGAACUGAGCCUGGGCGAGGAGCCAUCCUACAACAUGGCCCACUUUGCCAUCACUCGUUUCUCUGGUGUGCUUGGGUCUGCACAGUAG